GCCUUAAUACGCAGACACCAGGAAGUUUCAACACUAAGGGCGCUUGGCUUUGGGAGGCCGCGGGGCUUUACUUGUCUCCUCGAAUGGUGGCAGGGCCGACCGCCGACCUAUGCCCCGCUUCUCAGUACUUUCCGACUACCGAUAGGGCAAAUUAA